CUUCUCUUUAAAUUUCUUUAAAUCUAUUUAUUGAGGAGUUUUUCGUAAUUUAAUUCCCAUUGAUUUUUUUAUACUGCUGAUAAAUAGCAAUUACAGAACCAACAGCUCGUCCGCUGACAUAUCGCAGUGAGCCUUGGUCUUACGGAUACCCGGAGUUUGGCAAUCCUCUUAUUGCCCAGGACCCGAACCAUCAAUUAGGAGUAACUCCGAAAUUUAUGACCGUCGCUUUAUUUAUUGGGCUCCUUACACUCUUUGCCAUCAUCCAGGGCUCCAUUAUUUCGGCAAAGCAAAAAGACAUUAGUGAUGUUCUUACCAGGAAGAGAAGAGACUUGUCUUAUCAAAUCGAAGAAAUGACACCAGAGCAAGAAGAAAUUUUAAAUGAUUUAAAAGUAAGAUGCAUACAAAGGACUAUUUGUGAAGAAAAUCGGGAACUCUCGAAGGACUUUGGGUCUCGAGGGAUCAGAUUUGCGAAAUAUCUGACACGUAGUGUUAAGAAAUCGUUGAAGCGUAUUUCUGGAUGGGACCGCCUCGUCGAAGACGCCGCAGCUGCUGGAUUACGGGGGGAUGAUUGCGACGUUCUUUACCGUGAUUGUAUACCGGAUGAUUAA